CAGCGUCUACGGACGCGAUUACACCGCGCUGCCCGCUGCCUCCACGCGCGGAGGCGCCAGCGGGCCUCAUGCCCCUGUCCUCCUCCUCGUCCUCGUCCUCCGCAGCGGCAGCCGCCCCCGCCUUCCACGUCCUCCGCGCCCGCCCCCUUUCCGCGCACGACCGGCUCCGGCCGCGGCCCCGCGGCGGCGGCCGAAGGUCGUUCUCCCCGGUACUCGCGGUCGCGGCGGAUGCCCCCUCCUGCCUCUACGUCGGCCCUAUCGAGACCGCCAGUAAGGAGAUGCUGGAGGCCCUCUAUCAGCAGGCACGAGAUUCAUAUUACAAUGGUAAACCUUUGAUUGUUGAUGCGAUGUUUGAUAAAAUUGAGUUGAAGUUGCGGCUGUAUGGUUCAAAAUCUGUUGUUAAGUAUCCUCGAUGUAGCCUCAGGCGACAAUCAACCUAUGCAGAUGCUGAGGAAGAUCCUUCACAAGCUUUUGCUUUAGCAAGUGUUUGUGAAAUAUCGACAUUUGGAUCGCUUAUGAUGGUUAACAAAACUCUAAUAUUGGGACUGGGACAUCUGGUUGGUUAUCCUCUUGCAUUUGCUUCAAUCCAAGCAUUGCAAGGUCUUUGGAGGAAUGAACUGGUUGCAAUGAAAGGCUCAUGCCCGAACUGUGGGGAGGAGGUCUUUACUUUUGUUAGGGCAGAAAACUCGACCGGACGUCCUCACCGUGCAGCUUGUCAUGUAUGUGAGUGCUCCUUGGAGUUUCAAACAAAGGUGGAGCAAUCCUUCACGGUUGCUGGUAAGCGCUGGGUUUAUGGUCGAGUAUACCUGGUUCAACAGACCUAAGCUAAUCAUCGAAAGCGACUCAGAUCGUAAAACGUCUUAACUAUGGGUUUUUCUCUGAUGUGCUUGUUAUGUAAAUCACAUGACACCAGCAUGGACAAAUCUAUUCUUUGUAUGAUUCAACAUUGUGCAUGUAACUAUUUCAGAGGCUUUCCUGUUGGUUUCAACUUCUAAUUAUCAUAAUCUACGGAAAGUAACCUAUGAGAUGUUUAUGAUUGUGUAUGGAAACAAGAAAUUCCUUUCCAUUCUUA